AUGCUUUGGCGGAGAAGCACCAUUCUAUCGUUGACUCUGGGACUGAUCACCUUGGUCUACCUGCUCAUCGGGCUCUCGUCCAAACCGAAAUAUAUAUACGGUCAGAAUGACCCUUUGUCCCUUUACAACCCCUCGAUGUUCACGCCGGGCACGGCCAAGCCGGCAGGGCACAACUACUCCCGGGUGCUGGUCAUGGGCCACCUCGAGACCGAAGACGUGAGCUGGGUGUCCCGCGACAUCCCUGGGCUUCGCACCAAGUUCUACAGAGUCGACAGCAACAGCAGCAGGUCCGACUCGGGUCUGCCGGCCAACAAAGGCCACGAGGCGAUGGUGUACCUGACGUACAUCAUCGACCACUACGACUCGCUCCCGGACGUGGUGCUCUUCUUCCACCCGCACAGGACGGCGUGGCACAACAACAUCCUGCUGGACGUCGACUCGGCCAAGACGAUCAAGCUGCUCAGCAGCGCGCACGUCGUGCGGCAGGGCUACUUCAACACGCGGUGCCACCUCGACCCGGGCUGUCCGGACUGGCUGCACGUCGACCGGCCCCGGUGGCGGCACGACCUCAAGCACAAGCCCGAGGAGCCCGCGCUGACCAGCGCACUCUUCCACGAGCUGCACGGCGCCGACGUGCGCGUGCCGGCCGCCAUCUCGCAGCCGUGCUGCGCCCAGUUCGCCGUGUCGCGCGAGCGCAUCCGCCAGCGCCCGCGCGCCGACUACCUCCGCUACCGCGCCUGGCUGCUCUCGACCGACCUCGACGACGACACCUCGGGCCGCCUGAUGGAGUACUCGUGGCAGUACAUCUUCACGGGGAACUUCGAAUUCUGCCCGUCCCAGCACAAAUGCUACUGCGACGGCUACGGCAUCUGCUUCGACGGCGAGUCGGGCCUGCAGCACUGGCUCGCCGUGCUCAGAGAGCGCGAGCGCCUCGAGGAGAAACUGACCUCCCUGUGGGACUCGGGCGUCACGGCUGGCGAAAAGUACAAGGGCCUGGUCGCGAAAAUCAAGCAAAAGACGCAGUUGCUCGAUCGCCUGCGCGAGGACGCCCUGAGGAGGGGCUUUGAUCCAGCUUUGCGCGCGGCAGAAUGUGGUCGCGAAUGGCACGAAGGAGACGGAUUCUAA